GUGGCUCAUCGUCAGCCGAUCGCCGCUCUCCGCGCUCCCGUUCAUCCCGAUUUUAUGUAAUUCCAUCAAGGAAAAUCGAUAAGAAAACCAUUUUAUAAAUGAUAGUGAAAAAGAUGUGCGUGGCCAACUGCAGGAAAUACAAAAUGAGUGAAAAACCCUGCGAACCGAGCGGGAUGUUUUGCGCCCUGGAACCCAAUCCUGCGGUACGAUUGACACGUCAUCGAUGGUAUCAGUCGCACAGGUAAGUCCAAGUGUUUUUAUUAUUUGCUUAUGUUGGGUAAGUUCCUUUAUCGUUUUUCCGAUGCCGAAAAGACUCUUUUCCAAAGCAAAAAGCAAAAAAACGUGUAAAACUUUUAGCCGUUGCUGUUGCAAACGUCGACGAUUUAAAACAGUUUGUUUCGAUUUAAAAUCAGGUAAGACAAUUUUCUGUGUUUUUUGACAUAAACAUGGCUUAAUUAUGUUGUAGGAUAAUUUGAAGGCAUAACAUAUUAUCCUGAAACAGAUAUGAAAACUAAUUUAGUGAUUAUGUUUUGUGCAGUGCGUUUCGACAAUUGAUUGUCGGUGCGAUAAUAAUGAAGGUUGGAAGGGGCGAAUCCGGAGCGGUUUGUUCGCCUCCACACGAGAUUCUACCACGAAGAAAUCCAUCACCACUACUUAUUACAAUUAUAGAAUGAGUAAGGCGUGGAGCCGGGGCGGUUUGUCGCUUCCCCGUUGAAGAUGCAACGCCUGCGAACUACUUUCAAGCGGUCCCGCACGCCAACCGGCGCCGAGAUGAAGACCCAGAGCAGCCUCGAAGUGCCCAAACAAAUAAGAUCGGCCUCCUUCGACGAGAUCCAGUUGGAGGCCAAGAGACAGCAGGCACAGGGUCAACUCUCAACACCAGACGCGCUCCUCAAAGUUCCCCAGUUCCCCAGUCAGCGGUCGAGAAGCGUCGACUCCGGCGGAUCGGAUGAGUCAGGCACAUACUUGGAGGUGCCGUCGCGGCGGUUCCCGCGACGUCGCUCGUCCGGCAGCAAGAGUCCGGUGUGCGUGCACUGUCUCUGCGUCGAAGAGUACAACCGGCUCCAUCCGCCGGAGGAACCGCCGCCGAUCGGCAAAGAUGAACUGUUGCCGCCGCUCAGCAUGAGCGACUCGUCGAGCGAAUGCGACGAGGAACCGGUACCGGAGUGCGCGAUCACGGUGACGCUGAGUCCGACGGUGCCGUCGCCGCCGAUACAGUCUCCACCUCCGAUACCCAUACAGUCGCCGGUGAUCGAGUACUUCUCGGCGGAGGAACCGUGUCCGCCGCCCGCGUCGCCGUCGCGUCGCAAGUCCAUACAGAGACAGGAGGCGUUCUUCGCCGAACCGACCGGCACCUCGUUGGAGAACAUGUCGGACGGUCCGUCGGAGCUGUUCUCGGACGGCACGUCCGAGGGCGCGCUGUCCGAAGGCGACGCCGUCAACACCACCAUUCCGGGGCUGGUGGUUCGCGAUAUUUAUCUGCAGGUGCCGGACCUGAAGCGCGAUCGGGCCGCGUCCGUGGACUCGUGCUUUUCCAAGGUAUCGCAAGGCAAGACCGAGGAGUUGCAGCACUCCGGCGUCAGUCUGGAGGUGCCGGUUGGCCCCAACGUGGCCCUCAGAUCUAGAUCAGUGGACAUCGUACUGCCCACGGAUGAACAGGCACGGUACAAAGCUCUGGCGAUGGCUGCGCCUGCCGGCUCGGCCCUCUACAAUAGAAAAUCAGUCGGAGACAUCGGAGAAAGGGUGGUGCGAAGCACACCGGACUGGAGCGAAACGGCACUGAACGGUGACCAUUUGUGGGUGCCCACCUCCGUAUCCGGCGACUUUUGUUACGUAGGCGACGCCGAUUGCACGAAACACGGAUCGAGAAUGAAAUGUUCCGCGUGCAAUGUGGUCGUGCACCAGAACUGCAUCAACAUUUUGGCGGAUCGCGUCCGAUUCUCCUGCAAACCGACAUUCAGGGACGUCGGCGUGCGACAGUACCGGGAACAGACGACCAUCCAGCAUCAUUGGGUGCAUCGUCGGUCGGAGAAGGGCAAAUGUCGCCAUUGUGGAAAGUCAUUCCAAUCGAAGUUGUCGUUCAGUUCGAAGGAGAUCGUCGCGAUCUGCUGUUCCUGGUGCAAAGCGGCUUACCACAAUAAAGAUUCCUGCUUUAAUAUUCAACGAAUAGGUGAAGAAUGUAAGUUAGGUGUACAUAGUAGUAUAAUAGUUCCUCCGUCGUGGAUCGUCAAGUUGCCUAGAAAAGGAAGUUUCAAGUCGAGCCUUAGAAAAACGCCUAAAAAGAGAGCGUCAUCAAAAAAGAAAAAUAGAGAUAAGGACAAAGAAUACAAAACGUUCGCCAUCAAACCGAUUCCAUCGGCGAACGUCACUCCGGUAAUAGUGUUCAUCAAUCCGAAGUCGGGCGGCAAUCAGGGACUGAAGCUGCUGCAGAAGUUCCAGUGGCUGCUGAACCCGCGCCAGGUGUUCGACCUGACGCAGGGCGGGCCGCGGAUGGGCCUCGAGCUGUUCAAGAAGGUGCCCAAUCUGCGGGUGUUGGCGUGCGGAGGCGACGGUACCGUGGGCUGGGUGCUCAGCGUCAUCGACCAGAUAGGCAUUUCGCCCGCUCCGGCCGUCGGUGUUUUGCCACUGGGAACGGGGAACGAUCUGGCCAGGGCGCUCGGCUGGGGUGGGGGCUACACGGAUGAACCGAUUUCGAAGAUCCUGUCGAAUCUGGGUGCAAGCGACACAGUUCUGCUUGACAGGUGGUCACUGGAGGUCGAGAAGAAUCCGAACGGCGACAGUUCCGAUGGCGGAAAAGAGAACUUACCAUUGAACGUUGUUAAUAAUUAUUACUCUCUUGGUGUGGACGCUCACAUCGCUCUAGAAUUUCACGAAGCUCGAGAGGCACAUCCGGAAAAAUUCAAUUCCAGGAUCAGAAACAAGAUGUUUUACGGACAAAUGGGCGGCAAGGAUUUGCUCAAACGGAAGUGGAAGGGUCUGGCCGAUUUCGUCACCCUCGAAUGCGACGGCAAAGAUCUGACGCCCAAGCUGAAGGAACUCAAAGUGCACGCCAUAGUUUUCUUAAACAUUCCAAGUUACGGUGGUGGAACGAGACCGUGGAACAGAUCGAUGGGCACAUCCGAUCCGAGCACCGAGGACGGACUCAUCGAAGUAGUCGGACUGACCACGUAUCAGUUGCCACUUCUUCAGGCGGGCGGACACGGUACGUGUAUAACCCAAUGCAAGUCGGCAAAAAUAGUCACGUCCAAAACGAUACCGAUGCAGGUGGACGGCGAGGCGUGCAAACUGGCGCCCUCGAUUCUGACGCUCUCGCUGUUGAACAAGGCGCCGAUGUUGGCCAAGAGGAAGGGCGGUAAGUUCAUCGCGCCCCAAGCCGAACUCGAGAACCUGAAAUUCACCGUGCACCGGAUCAGCAUGGCAGAUUACGAGCAGCAUCACUACGACAAGGGUCUCUUGGCGCAAGCAGCGAUAACCAUGGGCACGAUCGAAGUCAAUCCGAUAUCCGAUCUGGAACAAGUGCGCGCCAUCAUCAACAAAUUCAUCCAGGACCAGACCGACAGCUCGUUGAGGAUUUCGCCGGAAUGGUGUUUCGUCGACUCCUGCACCGCCGAGCGGUUCUUCAGGAUAGACAAGGCGCAGGAGAAUCUGCACUACAUCUCGGACAUUGCGUGCGAGAACCUGUACAUACUGGAAUGCGGAGGCGGCACCGUGCCGCAGACGCCGGAGGACGAGACCGCAUUGCCGUCGCCCAAUUCAAAUUAUCAGGCGCCGUACGUCAUUCCCGAGAUGAGGAUCAGCGAUGAUGGCAGUUUGGAUUCUCCAAGCGACCAACCACCAAUGUCACCGAAAGUGCUGCAGUCGCCGGAUGAGCUGCCCAAGGGGCCGAUACCGACUGAAAACCAGAACGGCAACAGACAAAUAAUAUCAACAGAAUCUGGGGUCAAGAUCAGAAGCAAUAUAACGGAAAAACCCAACGAGGCAAUGUUGUCCGCCGCCAAAAUCGGGGACCUGAAAGCCAUAAGAGAGCUCCACUGUCAAGGAUACUCGUUGCUGACAAAGGAUCCGUCUGGUCAAACAAUACUGCAUUAUGCGGCCCGUUACGGACAUAAAGACCUUGUUAAAUACGUCGUACGAUUCGCACCCGCCACCAUAAACAUGAUCGAUAACAAUCUUGGACAGACUGCUCUGCACAAGGCGGCUACAUACAAAUGGAGGGACAUUUGUUGCAUUCUGAUAGCGGGAGGCGCCGCCCUGAACAUCGAGGACCGCAAAGGACUCACGCCCCGUUUGCUGGCCCUGCAAGCCGAGGAUCAGGAACUGGCCGCUUAUCUUGAAAGUCAGGAACAGUUCCUGUUGGUCGCCUCCGAAGUCGAAACGGUCGUCUAAUAACACCAGCAAUAACUUGAGAUUAGAAACCACAUAUAUUUUUCUUCUUCUAAAAAUGCCUUACUAUAUUGUAGUUGCGUUCCUAUAACGCGCAUUGUGUCUGUGUACUCUAGGAUAUUGAAAUUGUGAUAAUACUCUACGAUAAAUAAUUUAUUUUAAUGAGAAUUAGUCAAAUGCUUCGUCCGUUCUGUUUUUUUCUUUAUUGUCGACUGUCGGUUGUUUUGUGGUUCUUUCGAUUGGCCCAAGUCAGUUGCAAUAAACGCAAAAAGCCGUGCGUCACUCUGUUGUCGGAUUUGUUAUUAAAUAUAGUUUUUAAUUAUUGAACGAAUCAAAAGAGCGUUACCUUUACUUCCUCGAAGUUUCUAGAACUAUAAAGAAAAAACUUCCACGCGGAACAAUCAUUAAUAUAUAAAUAGCUAUACAGCAAGUGUAUAUAAUAUUUACGAGUUAAAAUAACAUAUCAUUUAUACAUUCCUAAUUGGGAGAAUGUGUGUUGUGCGUGUAUCUGUGGGUGCAUGUGUGUUGUAUAUUAAAAUAACUUUUAUUCAUGCAAAAUAAUCUUCUAAAUUUGUGGCAAUAAAUUGAUACACUUAUCUCGUGAGAAAUGUCUUACCAAAUUAACAAUCAACUGUUUAUUGCAAUGUUCUUUCAAAUAUCUGACUUUUAUAUAGAUUAUAUUAAUGUAAAUAUUAAAAUGUGUUAUUUAUACAAUAAUGUCAUUGUUACUUAUUAUUACAAAAGUUAAUGCAAUGUUUAACAAAUAUUUAAGUAGUUAUCUGAAUUCCAAAUGAAAUCAUUCACAUUGUAACCAGAAGUAAUCUUCUCAACUAUAAUUUAAUCUAUCCCGCAAUAAAUAGAACAGCGACAACAUAUUUUCAUGAAUAUACGACACAAUUUCAAAUAAUCGCUUCGUUUUCUUUCGCAACGAAUUUCUGAAGCAGACAAUCCUUACUAAACUCUUAAAUAAAGUAUAAAUAUAAGUGCUAUUGUUGGAUGUAUUUGAUUACCGGUUAUGAAAUUCGUUUUAUAAAUUUUAAACUGCAAAAAGCAACUAGGAUUUGAGAUAUUGUAUUCUGUACAUAGUUUACUCAGAGGUAGUCUAACUAUAGAUUAGCAUUAAGAUAAUGUAAAAAAUUCACGUUUCCCACUCAUUGAUGUGGCAGUGAGAUGCGUCAGUUUUUUCAAAACAAUUUCGAAAAAUGCAAAUAGAAUGUAGAUUGAGAUUUUUCGGUGUAUAAAACUCAAUUCUUUAUUCAUCUCAGUUACGGGACGUUACAAAAGUGAUCUGUCUGAACACGAGGUGAUAUACAAAUGUUAAUAGGAACAAUAUUUACCGAUGGAUAAAAGUUUUGAACAAAUAUUUUAGUAGAUCUUAAUAUGAUAAGUCAAUCAAUUGACAAUUUAAUUUUGUAACUUCUUGUAGAUAUUGACUAGAUGUAAGAUAUUCCAUUUUGAAUUUAUUAUUGUAUUUAUACUGUAAAAAGAAAUCUCGCUCCAAUAUCUUUCACUAGUAUAUAUAUUUAAAUAUAUUAUAUAUAAUGAAUGAGUUGUAAAUAUUUAUAUAAAAUUUUAAUAUGUAAGUGAUUCACUAGAAAAAAAUCUUGUAGAUAUUUUAAUUCAAUCAGUCACUAAAAACUUCUCAAAUCACAACAACAACCUGACCAAUUAACUCACCACACGUUACAUUUUAAUUAACAAUUAACAAAAUACUCAAUAUAUUUACAAACAACGCAAAUUUUGCGCUUUUAAAAUUUGAAUUAAACUCAAUUAGGUCAUUAAAUUCAAUGUGCUCAACUGGACUUGUUCUUAUACAAUAAGAUUAAGUGAUUUCCUAGUAAUCUCAAUGUGAUUUCAGAAAAUUUAGUGAACGAAAUGUGUAGAAAUGCGGAAACGCAAGCAGCGGAGGAAGGGAUCUCUAAUAUAAUAAGAACAAACAAACACCAAAGUAUUUUGCAAAAUAUUCUGCCAUUUUAAUUGUUUUUUUCCUUGAAAUUCUUGCACGUCUCCUAAUCCAUGUGAUCGUAAUUUUUAGAGUCUAUUUAAUUUUCAACCUGUCCAUUUUUAGAUAACUAAGGGUCCAAAUAUGUGUCUAGAAUAUUGUGAAUGUUUCAAAGACGAGGUGUGAUUUUGUGAUAUCAGAAAAGUGGUCCAGUUAAACGAAAGACGAACGGUGUAAACUGUAUUAACCAUUUAAUCGCAAAACCACGACGAGCAACAAACCCGAAUUUCUGAUAUUUCAAACUGAUAAAGAACCAUAAUUAACUAAUUGCACCACAUUAGAGCACAUUAAUUAUACCCGCAAUUAAAUGGCACCAAUCAAUUAUUCAAUUACAACAAAAAAUACAAAAAAAAAAUUGUAUAUUUUUACGUACAAAUAAACUGAAAAAUUCGAAUUUUUAAUAACUUGUAUUUAAGGUUAAUCAUCUUGUAUUUUGACUUAUCCAACGUUUUAACUUUUUAUGCUAGAGGUUCGCAUUUAUAAACAAACAAUUAUAAUAAAUAUCUAUUUAAUUCUGA